GAUCUCGUGGGAUGUCCCUGCCCAUGGCAGGAGGGUUGGAACUGCAUGAUCUUUAAGGUCCCUUCCAACCCAAACCAUUCUAUGAUUCUAUGAUCCCUCCGAUCCCUCGGCUGCGCCCCGCAGCGCCAUCCCGGGCUGAUCCUCCGCGUCCCCGGGAGGCGCAGGGGGAUGGGGACGGCGAGGAGGAGGAGGAGGAGAACGAGGAGGAGGAGGAGGGAGCGGAGCGGGCUCGCUCUGCACCAGUAACCGCCAGGGGCGGGGAAGGGGCUGCAGAACGAACCGGGGAGCCCUUCCGAGCCCCUGCCAGCCCUCCAGCGGCAGCCUAAGCUCGGGUGCCUCCGAUCCCCGCGGCGGGGCGGGCGGGAGGCGCGGCGGCUCCCGUCCCUCCUCCCCAUCUCUCCUUCCAUAGCGACGCCGCGGAUCCUGCGGGAGGGCGAGGACGAAGCCCGGGCAUGCCUUUCAGCGAGCGCGCUUACUUCCCCGCGGUGUCGGCGGGGGGAGCCGCUCCGGGAGCCGUGCCUUCUCCUUUCCCCGCGUUCCAAUUCCGCGGCCGCCAUGAAUCCCCGGAUUGGAGGCGCCUGAGCGUGGUGGACGUGGGUCGAGUGUCGCAGGAAGGGGACGUGGCGACCCUGCAGGAGCACCUGGAGCACGUCACCUUCUGCAGCGCCGAGCGGGAGCGCUGCCCGAACUGCAAGGGACCCGCCGACCCGCUGCUGCUCAAGCUGCUGCGCCUCGCCCAGCUCUGCACAGAGUACCUGCUGCACUCACAGGAAUACCUCAGCAGCCAGCUUGGCAGCCUGGAGGAGGCCCUGCAGACAUCUCAGGCCCAGCGUGACCAGCUGGAAAAGGAGGUGGCCCACUACUUGCAAGAGAUCAAGGCACUCAAGGAGGAGUGCCGACGGAGGAAGAAGAUGAUCAGCACGCAGCAGAUGAUGCUGGAGGCUCGGGCCAGCUACCACCAGUGUCAGUUUUGUGAAAAGGCUUUUAUGAACUAUACCUUUUUACAAAGUCACAUACAAAGACGUCAUCAGGAAGAAUCUCAGAUUGAACAGAAGAGGAAAGCAAAGACAGACAAAUUGCAGGAUGAAAUUGAUAAACUGAAGGAGCAGUUGCAGCUCACCAAGUCCCAGUUAGAGGCUGAACAACAGGCUAAUAUGAUCAGGAUUUCUAAGGAAUGUGAACAGCAAAAAUCGAAAGAAGAAGAAAUUCUACAAUCACUUCAUAAAUGGAAAGAGGAGGAAAAAGAGAAAUUAGCUGAUGAAAUAGAAAAAGUGAAAGAGAUGUUUAUGAAAGAGCUUAAGGAGUUUUCUUCAAGAAAUUCAACGUUAGAGAAUCAACUGUUAGAAUUACAGAAGACCAAUAUGCAACAAAAAUCCAAUUUAGGGAUGCUGAAAGACAGCCAAGAAUUUACAGAAGAGAAACUUCAGAGUCCUCAGGAUUAUCAGAAUGUAGUUAAACUUCUUGAAAAUCAGGAAAGUAAGUGGGCAUCUAAAAUACAAGCCCUUCAUUAUGACCAUAAGACAGAAAAGAACAUGCUACUGUUACAGAUUAAGAAGCUUAAAUCAUCGCUUAGAGAAGACCUGAAUAAAAAUAACACCUUUUACAAGACGAGGAUAGAAGAAUUGGGGCAGAGGCUUCAGGAGCAGAACAAUCUGAUUAUUAGUCAGAAGAAGCAGAUAAAAGAGUUGUCCACAAGAUCUGUUGCAAGCAUCAAACCGUAUGAUGUGCACACUACUGUAGAGCAUCUUGAAGAAUCUAAACCAAGUCUGCCAGUGAUGCAUGAGCAGGCACCCUUGGUGCAUAUGCUGGAGCCCAUAGAGGAGCUUUCAGAAGAGGAAAAAGAAAUUGAGAAAGCUGAUCAUAAAACAGGUAGAAGUAACCACCACUUAAGAAGUCCUGUGAAGAGUGAUCCUUCUUCAGCUAAGGAAUUGCGAGAGUUUUUUGAGCAAAAAAUGUUUGAGAGGCUGGAAUCCUUUGGAAUUAAAGCAGAUGUUCGCGGUAUCUCGAAUGAAACCUUGCGUGCUAUUGAAUCUGAUAGAAGAUGCAGACAGAAGCGAGAGCCUGACAUUCAGCAAAUUCGAGAGCGUCUUGAACACCAGGUUUCUGUUAAGGUUGAAGAGAAAUCAUCAUCUUGUAAUAGACUUGUUUCCUGUCCUCAACUUCCUUUUGAAGAUAAACUGAAGUUCACUCAAUUGGGAAUUUCCUCAUCUGCCACACCACGAAAACCAGUAAAAUGGUCUUCAACAGCUGUCCGCCCAGCUGAACAAAGAACAGCCAUUGCUGAGAAUACAUCUACACCAAAAUACAAGAAGAUUUUUGGAAAUGAAGUUUCCAGAAAGACUUCUAGUAUCACAACUCCACCAUUCAGUUCAGAGGAAGAAACAGAUGAAGAUGAUAUUAAGCAGUCUUACAUACCACCAGAAUUACCGCAAAAGCAGUCAAAACCAUCAAGCACUGAAGUCACUGCUUUUCAGAAGGUUUCUGGCAAAAGCAGUAUGGAUGGGAUGAAGGAAAAUGAAAUUGAAGAAACUGGAACACCUGCAAAAACUUCCAAAGGAACAGUUAUUCAAACACUGACCGAACAAGUUGGAAAAAGUCUUUCUAACCCUGGAAAUAAGAAACCAGCUGGAGGGAUUAAUGUUGCUCAGGCAUUUAUUAAGAAAGAAGAGGUCCAAGAACUAAAGUUCACAGAACGUGAUGAAGAUGAUUGGGAUAUAUCAUCAAUAGAAGAAGAUGUUUUAUUGAUGAAAGAUGAGAAAGCUCAGAAGCCAUCGACAAUUCAGAAGGACGAGUCAAAUGCUGCAUCUCUUGUACAUGCGUGGGCUCUUCCGAAGCGAAGUACACCCAAGGAGGAAGGCCUUCAUGAAGCUGAUAAUACAAGCACGUUAAAAAGCAGCUUGGUCACAGUAUCAGACUGGAGCGAUUCUUCAGAUAUCUAAUUCCUGUAUUUUUGAAGGCAAGAGCCGCUGCUUGGUUCUGUUGGGGUUGAAAAUGUGGUUGAAAACAUCUAAUGUUUCCUAUUCCUUUCUCAUAUCAGUCAUGCAAUAACAAGGAAUACUGUUUACAGAACUCGUGUCUUUCAGUCCUGAAUGUGAAACAAAAAUACUCAUGCAUGCAUUACCAGCCAUGUCCGUUUGGAAACUGAGAGUUAAUUCUUCUUUCUCAUGAGCUCAGUAGUGAAAAUCUCUUUGAUUUCACUGAGGUGAAGACUUGCCUCCAAUGUUUACAUUAAAGAUUGAAACUGGUCUUGCAAGAAAGCCUGUUAACCAAUGAGCAGAAUUUACUCCAGAGUAUUACUUUAUACAAUUUUUAAAUGCAUAUUUUAUUGUUUUUAUCAUAAACUUUAUAUGAAAUUGUGAAUGUUUUAGAUAAAAUAUUUCCAUGUAUUAAAAUGGUACAUUUCUAACAUUGUUUACAAUAAACAC